AAGUUGCAAAGUUGGACAAGCACACAGUCGCCCGCCAUAUAAGCAGUCAUCCCGCUGAUUGUACUCCCACAGAACACCCGCCCCUGAGUCUGUCAGUUUGUAUCCAGAUAUUUGCCUUCUUGCCUCGCAAUGAUGACGGGAUAUGGUGCCCUGGCCUCGAUGAUGGCAAGCCAUCAAGACAUCGAAGCCUUCAGGAAAUUCUCCAGCAUGAAUGCCGAAAACAUUCUUCAUAUGCAAGCGGAGCUGCAGCACCUUGAGAUGGUCAUUAAUGAAAUCAGAAAGAUGCCGGAGCUGAACAGUUUUGACCGAAUUUGGAUCGAAUGUCCUGAACACAUGUCAGAAGACGAUAUUCGGAAAAUCUUUGAGCGGUCAAGAACCCUGCUAGAUCAGUAUUGCAAGUGUUUGAUUCAGACCACUGAUCGGAAGACUUGCGCUGACGGUGGCACAGAUCGGACCAUUCUGCAAACAGCUAAAGUCAAUGCGUUGAAUCCUCCACCGAAAGACAAUUUAGAGCUGCGGAGGCGGUGGUACGACGAAGAAAGUGGUGGCGAUGCGUUCUUGCAUGGGGUCGAAGCAGGCAUCUUCUGCGACCGAGACAUUGAGAGAGAUCUGAUGACUAUAAAAGAAGACAUUGGGAGAAAAGAUCCGUUGGCCAGAUUCUUGAGUGACAGAAUAGUGCCAUUAUAUCACCGUAUGGUUGGACAUCGAAUUCACCGGUCAAUGGCAGAAAAGGCAUUCCGACAAACCUGGGAAUACCGAUCAGAGACUCUGGUACAGAUCGCCAACACGUUUUGUAUGAUCCUGUCGGCAGUCAUUCCGGCCUUCUCAAUCCUGGUUCUGUUCAGCGUACAGAGCAUCGAGGGUCGAUUGAUAGCGAUAUCAGCCAUGAGUCUGGUAUUCUCAUUGGUGAUGAAUGUGAUUGCUCAAAAACGAGCCGACGUGUUCAUGUCUACCACUGGGUUCGCAGCUGUGCUUGUGGUGUUUGUUGGAAGUGCAAAUGUAAUGAAUGGUUGAGGAAGGAUCUCAGGGGAUACAAAUGGUAUGGCAAGAAAUCGCCGAAGGCAGGACGGUGACACGUGAAGAGAGGCAGGG